AUGUCUGCCAACGCGCCUCUAAAAAUAAUCAAGGCUCCUCCCCUCCCUGCCCCCGCUGGUCGCCGCCCAAUUGGCUUCCGAGGCAACCAUCAACACAAAAAGGCCCUCUAUGACCCCGUUUUCCGCACUACGAAAGUUCCAUCUAAUCUCGUACCGCGCUAUCCAAUUGACUGGAGGAAUGGGGGGCGAGCCCUGCUGGUCGCUGCUCUGCACAAACUGGAAGGCAAUUACAGUAUGCAGCAGCAGCGCCUGCUCAUGCCGCUGGUGCAGCGACAGCGGCCUUUGACCCCUGAAGCUUUGGUUGCUUCGGGGGAAGGGGGUUCAAGCUGCUGCUCUGCAGCAGAACUAGUAUCGAUGGGACGGAGGAAGAGUGCCAGAGCUGGUGCCGCCGCGGGUGCUGCAGCAAAGAGGCUGCUGUUGAGACACCGCAGAGCUCUUCAGUGGCAGGAAGGCGGGUAUUGCAGCAGUCGAUGUGGAGCAACGUGCAGCAAGAGCCCUUGGCGGUGUUUCUGCGCCUGGCGAUGCAGAGGUAUCUAUCAGCAUGCAACAAGGAUGGACAGUCUGCUGAUGAGCUACAAAGGAAAGACGGAGACAGAAAAGCCCCUCUUUGCUGUCAAACGGACCGAAGUUGCGCCUUCAAGGACGACAUCUGAGGGGAUGCUUUUUUGCGCUUCCAGUGGCUGUUUCCUCCCCACCGUGAAGAAGCCUCACUCUGCAUUUGCUGCUUUCGACGAAGAGCAGCGGCACUCUCUUCUUUCUUCCCUCCGCUCGCGGGCUGUUGCUUGGAGCAUUGAAGGAGAAGCAGGAGAGGAAGCAGACAGCGACAGAGAGGAUGACAUAGACGAAGAGGCUGAGGACUUGAAGCGAUUCCUCAUGAACAGAAAUGAAAACAAACACAUAGUGCAACGGCUGCACUAA